UUCAUCAUGCAGGGUAUUUGCUUCUGACAGCCAGAGGAGGGUGCUAUAUCCUUAAGGAGUCUCGGAUAUGACGUGAAAAAACGUAAUCGUACUUCCUGAAACUUUAAGCAGAAAGAAAUGCGUUAGCCAGUUAGCACGGGCAAAGAACUGCUGAAGCGGGAAGCAUUUAUAUGUAUUAGUUUUUCUUCAAUUAUAACCACUGCAAAGUAGGUUCAGGUCGAUUGUGUGCGCGCAUGCCUACACCAUAUGUGUUGAAGAAUGGUAUGAAAGUUUAAAUAAACAGAUUGUUAACAGGACCGGCUUUAUGUGAACACAAAGGCCUAACGUUACAUUCGCUUUGGUGAAGCAUGUACCCUUCGUGGGGAAAUUAUGGAGGUGGACAACCACCUCCCACUAAUCAAUUUGAGCCCAGAUCGGCACCGGUGAGGGCCCCAGCGCCGCCAGGAGCGGCGUUAGGGGGAUAUGGUGCUCCACCGUCGUCCAAUGUUUCAAGUUUACGGGAGCAACAUUUGCAACAGAUGCAACAACUGCAACAGCUCCAUCAGAAACAACUGCAGUCGGUGCUUCAUUACAGUGGUGGUUAUGGAGGAGGCCCUGAUGUCUGGCAAGGUCAAGGGGCUCCCCCGGGUUUGCCUCCCGGUCAGGAUACAACCACGAACUACCCUAAUGAUCAGUCCGAACCCCCGCGAGGUCCACCUGGGUCUGCGCCGCCACAGCCCCAAGAAGAUGCGCCACCUAAACCACCUGAACCUAUACCUCCGGCUGCCCAACAGUACUAUGCUGCUCCCAGGGCUCAGACGUCUAAUAAUGAUAACAAUGCUCCCAAAGACUCACCAGCGAUCUGUUUUCCACAGCAGGAAGAGAAUCCCGACUUUACAUCGAUGACAUUGCAGGAUCAGCAACAGUUCUGGUAUAAGCAACACCUACAGAAUCUGCAGAAGCUUAAGAAUGAGAGGGCAAAACAGGGUCAAGGUGACGGUCAGCCUGCUGAUAAAAAACAGAAACAAGCUGAUACACCACCUCCGCCUGUCGAGCCUCCUAAGAAUGCUCCACCUCCACCUCCCCCCAAAGAAGAACCACCUCCUCCACCUCCACCUGAGGAACCUAAGGCUGACAACAUCAUCAACACCGGGGACCCAUUCGAGGCGGCUCGUCUGCAGCAGUUGCAGGCGGCGGCAGCCCAGUGGCAGCAGGCCCAGCAGCAGAGGGCAGCGCACCAGUACCAGGCUCUGAUGCAGGAGCACGCCCAGCUGCAGCGGAUAUUGCAGCAGUAUCAGCAGUUCAUCCAGCAGCCAGCACAUCUCCAGACCAUGCCACUGGAUAUGCAGCUGAAACACUAUGAUGUGCAGCAGCAGCAAUUUACUCCCGUGUACCAGGACUGGGACCAGCAUUUUAAACUAUGGCAGGAACAGUUCCAUUCCUACCCCCAUAAAGACCAACUCCAGGACUAUGAGGCCCAGUGGAAACAGUGGCAGGAACAGAUGAACUCCACAGCAGCACAUUUGCAGGAGAGGGUCACGACCCUUCGGACCAUGCAGCACCAGUACGGCCCCCCGCCUGGCUAUGGUGGUAUGAUGGGCCAGUAUGGGCAGAACAAGCCCCCUGUCCCAGAUUCACAGGUGCACCACCCACAACCACCUGCAAACAUGGAGCAUUCACCAUCUGUUGGACCACAGUCUGUAGGUCCGCCUCCUUCAGGGCCACCACCUGUAGGACCGCCUCUUUCAGGACCAACGCCUGUAGGACCGCCUCCCUCAGGGCAGCAUCCCGCAGGGCCACCUCCUUCAGGACCGCCACCUGUAGGACCACCUCCUUCAGGUCCUCCCCCUACAGGACAACCUCCUGCCGUAACCACAAGUCAAGGGGGCAUUUCUGCAGCGCCCACCAUGUCCACACCCACAUCUGAGUUGUACCAGACAGCAGGCGCAGAGAACAUGCCGGAACCGUACAAUAAUGCUGGACCUCCCCAUCCUGGAAUGAGGCCCUUAGGCCCUCAGGGCCCCAGAGGCCCAAGGUUUGAUGGAGCAAGGUUUGAUCUGUCACAACAACAGCGGUUUAAUGCACCGCCCAGAUUUGAUCCAAGGCAAAGAUUCAACCCGCCUCCUAGAGGAGCUCCUGGGAGAUUUGAGCCACCAAUGAGACAAAAUGCUCCUUGUUUCGAACGCCCCCCUGGGCCUCCCUCGAAUGCCUCAUCAAGGUUCGACAGGCCACCUGGCCUAUUACAAAAUCCACUGAAUCGAUUUGAAAGACCUCUAGGGCCGACACAGAAUCCGAUGUCACGGUUUGAAAGGCCAUCUGGUACAGGGCAGAAUUCCCCACGGUUUGAAAGGCCACCUGGUCCCGGCCAGGGUCCAAUGUCCCGCUUUGAAAGGCCACCUGGUCCCGGCCAGGGUCCAAUGUCCCGCUUUGAAAGACCACCUGGUCCCGGCCAGGGUCCAAUGUCCCGCUUUGAAAGACCACCUGGUCCAGGACAGGGUCCAAUGUCCCGCUUUGAAAGACCACCUGGUCCAGGACAGGGUCCAAUGUCCCGCUUUGAAAGGCCACCUGGUCCAGGACAGGGUCAAAUGUCCCGCUUUGAAAGGCCACCUGGUCCAGGACAGGGUCCAAUGUCCCGUUUUGAACGACCCCUUGGAUCUCAACCACAAGUUGGUGUUGGGUCCCAAGUGAAUCCAAGAUCUGCUGCUCAAAUUAAAGAGGAAUCACCUAAAACUACUGGAUCACAGGUCCAGCAGGCUGGAUCCCAAGAAUCGACACCUCAAGAUAAAAAAAGCACAGUCGACGAUGCACUGGCUGAUGACAUUGUUGAUUCUGGGAAUGGUUUCUUUGUCCAGAGCGACCCAAUUCCUCAGACUUCUCAAAAGGACACGCAGCAGAAAGCAGAAGAACAGGUCGCUGGAGCCACAGAUAAGGCUAAGGAGGCAGAGGCCUUAAAACCUGCGGUGUCAGCACCUUCUGCUACUCCGCUGAAACAGACUCCCACAACUCCCAGUCAGGCACCAGGUCAGGCAAAAAGUAGUGUCAAUAACGGGCCCCCUCCGAGACCCAUGCCUCAUGACGUGCCUCGUCAGCCUCCUCCAGGUCCUCCGCACGACGAUAAUCAGAUGGGUCCUUCACCCAUGGCGCGUGGGAGAGGCCGAGGGCAAAUGCCAAUGCUUAUGCAUGGCAGGGGACGCGGCCGUGGUCGAGGAAUGCUCGGGGGGCCAAUGGGCCCACCGCAUGGAUACAACCCCAGCAUUCAGCCAGCUGAAGAAGAGGAGCGCUCUGGGUAUGACUAUGAAGCCCCGCACGAGCACAUGAGGCAAAGAGGCGAAGAGGAGGUGGAUUAUGAGUGGGGGGAUCCGUCUGCAGAACCCGGAAGGAUGCCGGGAAGAGGGCCACCGCUCCGUGAGGAGGACAUGUGGCACCCCGAGGAGCAUCACUUUGGAGAAGACUACUACGAAGAGGCUGAGGGCCAGGAGGAGCUUGUGGAAGAACAGGCUGAACACUGGGAAGAGGCACCAGAACCACAACCGGAAUCGGAGUACUGGGAAGAACAAGACCCAUACUGGAACGCCAGAAGGCCCCCCAUGCGUGGACGACCUCCGUUCCCCCACGGUAUGCGCGGGCGACCCCCUCCGCCUCGAGGCUUUAUGCACCAGGGUCCAAGGCGACCGCCUCCUCCUCAUAUGGAGGGCAUGGAGCACGAUCCUCAUGGGCCUCCCCUGGGCUUCAAAGGUCCUCCCAGAGGUCAUAUGGGCCCUCCGAUGCACCGAGGUCCUGCUCCCCGGGGUCAUCCUGUUCACCACGGGAUGAUGGAGAGGGACAUGAGGCGGCCCCCACCGCCACGAGAGAUGAUGGAGAGAGAGACGCGUGGACUGCCACCUUACCACGACCCUAUGGAGCGCGACCCUGCAUGGCCACCUCCACCGCAUGGCAGAGAACCUAGACGCCUCCCUCCACCGCCUCCCCAUGCCAUCAUGGAGAGGGAUAUAAGAAGGCCACCACCUUUUGGUCCGGGACAUCCCAGGAGGCGGCCGCCGUUCCCACACGAAGACCCAGAGGGAAUAUACGAAGAGACUUGCGAGGAUGAGUACGCACCGCCUGAAGAUGGGUACAGAAGGCCGCCACCGCCACCACGAGAUUUCAUCUCUCGAGACUACGAACAUGGCCAGGAGGACUACCAUCCUCCGCCUCCGCCACCCAAAGACUGGGAGGCUGAACGCGGUGGCAGGGAGUAUCCACCCUACCCUCCCCAUGGCCCACCGGAGCGCAUGCGAGACAACCGGUGGCCUGAAGGCAGAGAGAGGCCGUAUCCUUAUGAGGAAGAUGAUCAGGGCAGACCAGAUUACGAGGGGGGUGGUUAUCCGGACGAGCCUCCGUAUGGUGCCAGACAGCCCCCUUACCGGGGCCAGCCAGACUGGGAGAAGCCCUUACCGGAAAGAACGUACCCUCCCAGCAUGGAGCCUCGGAGGCCUUCAUUCGAGGGAGCCUCGGAGCCUGGCAUGGACAUCCCUCAUCCACCUCCCCCAGGGCCCCCUGGGAACCAUCCCGAUGCCUCUCUUGAGCCGUCGUCUCCAGGGUCUGCAAAGGGCAUUCUGGCGCUUUCCCAAAGACAGCACGAGAUCAUCCUAAAAGCUGCGCAGGAGCUGAAAAUGAUCAGAGAACUCCAGGAAAUUAAAGGUACAGGGGGUGAGAUGGCCACAUCCGCGGCUCCUGAGGUGAAGACCGACCUGCCACCUGGUCUCCUUGGGCUGGAAAUUCCACCUGAAGUUAAGACCGCCCUUCAGUCCACAGGUCUCUUGCCGGAGACUGGACAGGCUCCGGGAAUGAAACCACCGUCAUGGGAUUCUGGAUAUGGCCCACCACCACAAGAAGGUGGUUUCCACCCACAACCUCCACCAUCAACAAAGCCCAUAAUUGGAAAGACUGUGGACUAUGGACAUGGGCAUGAGACUGGGGCGACUGUGGAGCGCAUGUCUUAUGGUGAAAGGAUCAUCCUGAGGCCUGACCCUGUCUCUGAGAGGUCGUAUGAAAAGGAACCGCUAGGCCCAAGAGAUCCGUAUGGCCGAGAUCCGUACUUCGACCGGCGGAACGAUCCGUAUAUGGGGCGCCGGGAGUGGAGCAGGGAGCGGGAGAGGGACUCCUACAGGGACCGGCCCGGCAUGGACCACGACAGAGAACGAUUUGAUCGGGAGCGCUUCCCCAGAGACGACCGACCACCACCAGGGCCCCCAGGUCGCCCCGGCUACAGAGAUCGGGAGCGUGAUCAAAGGGACAGAGAGGGGCGCAGCAGCCGGGACCGAGAGCCUUAUGGUCGGCCACCUUAUGACCGGCCGCCGUACGAUCGAGGACCGGAGCGGUUUGAGCACGGCCCCCCAGGCCCCCCGGGCUAUGGAAGCGACCGGAGGAGCUACCCUGAUGAAAGACCUCCUGGGCCGCCACCCUCCAUGGCCCCUGCUCCCGGCCCUCCCCCUCGCGCUGAGAAAAAAGCCGAAACCAAGAACGUGGACGACCUCCUCAAGCCACCUGGCCGAGCGAGCCGUCCAGACAGGAUUGUCAUUAUAAUGCGUGGCCUUUCAGGAAGCGGUAAAAGCCACGUAGCAAAACUGAUUCGAGAUAAGGAAGUGGAGUGUGGUGGAGCUCCGCCCCGGGUCCUUGGUCUGGAUGACUACUUCAUGACGGAGGUGGAGAAAGUCGAGAAGGACCCCGAAAGUGGCAAAAAUGUCAAGCACAGGGUGUUAGAAUAUGAAUACGAGCCAGAGAUGGAGGACACUUAUCGCAACAGUAUGCUGAAGACCUUCAAGAAAACGCUUGACGAUGGCUUUUUCCCUUUCAUAAUCAUUGAUGCGAUCAAUGACCGAGUCAAAUACUUCGAUCAGUUCUGGAGUGCAGCCAAGACCAAAGGUUUUGAGGUAUACGUGGCUGAAAUUACUGCAGACAACCAGACAUGUGCAAAGAGAAACAUCCAUGGGCGGAAGAUGAAGGACCUCUCAAAGAUGGCCGGGAGCUGGGAGCCCACACCUCGUCACAUGGUGCGGCUAGACAUCCGGUCCCUGCUGCAGGAUGCAGCGAUUGAAGAGGUUGAAAUGGAAGACUUUGACCCUUCCAAAGAAGAGCUGAAGGCGGAGGUGAAGGUGAAGAAAGAGGAGGAAGAGGAAGCCGACCGGGUAGGGCUCCGUCUCUUCUCCGCAUCAUCUUUAUCAGUCGACGUGGGGUACAUUCCAAAAAGCAAAUGGGAGAUGGACACAUCUGAAGCAAAGCUCGACAAGCUGGAUGGCCUGGUGGGUGGGAGCAAACGGAAGCGCGAGUCUGACGUAGCGGGCAUGGAGGACUUCCUCCAGCUGCCAGACGACUACGCCACGCGGAUGUCCGAGCCAGGAAAGAAGAGGGUGCGAUGGGCCGACCUGGAGGAGAAGAAGGACGCGGACCGAAAGCGCGCUAUUGGCUUUGUAGUGGGUCAGACAGACUGGGAGAAAAUCACGGAUGAAAGUGGCCAGUUAGCCCAGCGAGCUCUUAAUCGCACAAAGUAUUUCUGAGAAGAACAUUUUGUUAGUCUUGCACACUUUUGCCACACAGAUAGCCAGUCCAUGACUCAGCAGAUGGAGCUAGUAAUGGUCUCCACCUUUGUGUUACUGUUAUUUAACGUAUCGCUGUAAGAGAGAAGAUGAGAUGUCUUCAGCAGCCACUCGGAGAGCAUGAAAAGAAAACAGCGUUAGUUGUGAUCUGUCUCUUUGGUGUUUCUCAUGAAUGCUCACAGUGACUUAACUUCUAAGUCACACUAAGUCUUCACGCUGCUUAUAGCUGCAGUGUCAUUUUUAUACCUUGUAUGUAUUCCCAGCAGAAUUCAUGCUUUGUUUUAGUUGUUAGAUUUGAAUAAAUGAAACCCUUAAAAAGCUAAUGUGAAAUGCCACAGACCUUGUCCUUUAGUUUUUCCUUUUAAAAAAAAAAUGAAAUUUGUUUUUUGUUUAAAAUGUUUGGCCUCUGUGUGAUUACUGGGACAACUCUGGGGAAUACAUUAAAAGAAAUAAGUUCUAUA